GCUUCCGGGUAAGGAAGGCGGGCUUUUUGGCAUGUGUUGGUGGUGAUGGGCCAUGAGGCUUCCGGGGUGGGUCGCCUUCUCUAAACUCCCUCCCGGCUCACUCGGCGCUUCCACACUUUUCUCCGUGGCUCCCAGAAGUCACCAUAGCACACUUACGUCGGUCCGGUGUGCCGCUAAUAGUGCACAUAGCAUGGCCGAAGAGGCGAAGAAGCUCGCCGCCUACGCCGCGGUGGACAACCACGUCCAGAACAACCAGGUGGUCGGAGUGGGCAGUGGCUCCACCAUUGUUUACGCAGUGGACAGACUUGCGGAGAGGGUGCGCCAGGAGAAACUGAACAUCGUCUGUGUUCCCACCUCCUUCCAGGCCCGCCAGCUGAUUCUGCAGCACGGUUUAGUGCUGUCUGACCUGGACAGGCACCCCGAGCUGGAUGUUGCCAUCGAUGGAGCAGACGAAGUAGAUGCAGAUCUGACAUUAAUUAAAGGUGGAGGCGGCUGUUUGACUCAGGAGAAGAUUGUAGCUGGCUGCGCUAAACAUUUCAUCGUCAUCGCGGAUUACAGGAAGGACUCAAAGGCUUUGGGCCAGCAGUGGAAGAAGGGGGUUCCCAUCGAGGUGGUCCCCAUGGCAUAUGUCCCCGUCUCCAGGAGGAUUGUCCAACUCUUUGGAGGGGAAGCCAAUUUAAGAAUGGCUGUCAGUAAAGCUGGUCCACUGGUGACAGACAACAGCAAUUUCAUUCUGGACUGGAAAUUUGUGGGCGCUCAGAAGUGGAAGGAAAUAAACUGUGCCAUCAAGAUGAUUCCAGGGGUUGUGGAAACGGGACUCUUUGUCGGCAUGGCCGAGCGAGCCUACUUUGGAAUGGAGGAUGGAAACGUGCUGAUGCGGGAUGCCCCCGUCAACUGAGGUGUUGGACCCGGCGUGCCCUCCUUGGAAGUAGACUCAUAUCAUGCAAGUGUGUCUUUUGACGCUGAAAGUUGUAAAUUAUUAUUGCCAGAAUGCUUACAAAGCAGCCUUGAUACUAGCUGCUGUUUGUGUUCAGAAUGAAUCAAACACACAAUCAUUGUAUUUCUUGUGCUAAGUAGAAACAAUAUGAAUAGAAACAGCUCCUUUUUGUCUGUAAUGGAAUCAAGAUUGGAAUAAUUCACAAGAUGGACUUAGUAACUUAUUGUGUAUUUACAGAUGCCUCCCUCCAUUAGUGCCUGCGAAGUCCACAUGUUUACAUGUGAAUUUCAAAGAAUCAACUACAUCACUUUUGUCUUUUAGGUGGAUAUUUUUGAGGUGUUUUGACUUGAUUCUUGCAUGACUGUUGUAUAUCUAAAAGCACUGUACAAUAAUACAGUCUACAAGGUGUUUCAGAUAUGUCCCUCUUUGUAUCCAUGGCAUGUUCUGCACCAGCAUUUGAAUUAAUUCAUUCUUAAACAAUGUGACUGAGUGAUGGGUACACUUAAGUUUUUUCGCUAUUGAAAAAAAAAAUACCAAAACAAUGCAUGUGCCUCUGUUUCAAUUCAAUGCCGUUUGUUCCAUUUAUCUUGAUAAUAAACAACUUAAAGACUAA